UUUCGUCUGGGACAGAGAGCAAGCGCUCCGAAAAUGGGCAUCAGCGUUGACCAGGAGACGGACUAUGCCGAACUGGUUCUGUCUGUAGGAGAAAUCACACUGGGAGAGAAGAAUAGGAAGACAAUGAAAGAUCCACAAUUGAGAAGGAGAGAGGCCCACAGUAUCUCACAGGCUGUGUGCACGCUGCUGAAUUCUGGAGGGGGCGUGGUCAAGGCUCGCGUUAAGAAUUCAAAUUACAGCUUCAAAAGAGAUGGAGUAGGUCUGGAUUUGGAAGAUUCUUUUCUUAAAAUUGUUCUAUUUCCUCAUAAAUACCGAGACUACAUGCAGAACAAAGAGGAAUUUUUAAUUUUUGUGAAACAGUAGAUCCAGGAUAUCUCUGGUCAGCGUGUCCUCACCUUGAAAACCAAUUUCUAUAUGAGAAAUUUGUCAACUUCAGAUGAACUGAAAGGUCCUGAUGCAGUGAAGUUCCUCAAAGACAAGGACUCUGAAAGAUGUGACUCUGAUGAAUGCCUUGCCACGUUUUUUAACAGAGAAAAGUUGACUCUGGAGGAGACAUUCUGUUUCACUGAAUCCAACCAUGCAGAAGUUAAAAUGUCCCCUAAAGAAAAAAUUCUGGAGAUUCUCCCUAAAACUGUUUCUGCAUUUGCAAACACCGAUGGGGGAUAUUUGUUCAUUGGUUUAGAUUUGGAAAAAGAACAAAUAAUUGGUUUUGAAGCAGAGAAAGCAGAUCUUGAGGAUCUAGAGAGUGAAAUAGAGGCAUGCAUACGAGAGCUGCCUGUGGGUCACUUCUGUAAGGAGAAGCAGGAGAAGAUAAAGUACACAUGCAAAUUCAUCCCCGUCCUCAGACAGGAAGCUGUGUGCUCAUAUGUGUGUGCACUCAGAGUGGAGAGAUUCUGCUGCGCUGUGUUCGCUGAAGAGCCUGAGUCCUGGCGCGUGGAAGACAGCUGUGUGAAGAGAUUUACCUCAGAGGAAUGGGUCCAGCUCCAGAUGGAAGACAAACCAGGAAAACACUGAUCAACCGAGACUGUUAAUAAACGUU